AUGGAGGCGACGCAGCAGGAGCCCGGGAUUAAGGUGCUGGAGCAGUGCCGGAUCUCCCCCGCGCCGGGCUCCGUCGCACCGGACAGCCUCCCCCUCACCUUCUUCGACUGCAUCUUCCUGUUCUGUUCCCCUGUGCAGAGGAUCUUCUUCUACGACCUCCCCUGCCCAGUGUCCGACUUUCUAGCGAACCACCUCCCGCAUCUCAAGUUAUCACUCUCCCUCGCCCUUCGCGACUUCCGUCCCCUCGCAGGCAGCUUACAUCCCUCCUCCGGCGUGGCCAAGCAUGAAAUCCGUAGCAGCGACCUUGAUACCGUCCCUUUCACGGUGGCGGAAAGCGGCGACGACUUCUACGAUAUAUCCGGGAAUCACGCCCGGAUCUGCAACCGGCUCCAUCCCCUGGUGCCGCCUCUGCUGUCCGGGACGGGAACCGGAUGGCCGUUGCUGGCGUUACAGGUCACGUUGUUCCCCGACACCGGUGUGGCUCUGGGGAUCACCAUCUCACACUCCGUCGCCGACGGCACCACGUCGUCGAACUUCUUGAAGGCUUGGGCAGCGGCGUGCCGGCUGGGGAUGGGAGAGGUCCCCGACGGCCGCGUGGGGGCCCCGCCGUCUUACGACAGGAGCGUCAUUCAGGAUCCCAUGGAUCUGGGGGGGAUCUUCCUCCGCGACCUCAAUCUGCUUAAAGACGACAGUGGAAUGGAGGUAUUGAACCUCCAUGGUCGGAACGACGUCGUCCGUUCGACGUCAGUCAUUAGCCAGGAGCAGAUCAAGAAGCUGGGCGAGGUGUUCUCCGGCAAGACGGCAACUGAGUGCUCGUCCUUUGCCCUGGCGUGCGGGUUCAUAUGGGCCUGCCUGGCGAAAGCCAGUGGGGUGUCCAACGGCAAAACCGAGGCCUUCGGUUUCGUCUUCGAGGCCAGGGGGCGGCUCGACCCCCCAUUGCCGGCCACGUACUUCGGGAACUGCCUGGGAGUAUGCCUGGCGGAGGCUGACGGGAGCGAUCUGGCGGGGGAGGACGGGGCGGUCAUCGCCUCCGCGGCCAUCCGAAAGGCGGUCCAGCGUCUGAACUCAGGAGGGGCCUUGGAAGGGGCCGAGAACUGGAUUCGCAGCAUCGCGCCGUCGGCCUUCGCGAGGACUCUGUCGGCGGCGGGGGCGCCUAGGCUGGGGCUGUACCAGGUGGACUUCGGCUGGGGCAGUCCUCGCAAGAUCGAAGUCAUAUCCAUCGAGAAGACGAGCGCUAUAUCUAUUGCAGAGCGGAGGGAGGACGCAGGGGGCCUGGAGAUCGGGCUGGCGCUUCCCAGGGACCUCAUGGGUAGGUUCACCGCUGUCGUUUCCGAUGAACUGAAUAAGUUGUCAUCUUCGCACUCGUCUUCUGGGGGGAACUAG